CGCAGGUCGAUGACGUUGCACGCAUGUCCAAUUUCUGCUGUUUUCGCACUCUUGCAGCCUGUACACUCUGACACUUCUACUAGGUGUACACUUCACCGAGGACCGUAGGGUGCGAAAUUUUGAACAGAUGACACGGCACACAAGAUGAGCAUUAUAUCAAAAUAUUUUGUUUCAGCAGCGGUCGAACUAGCGUAAACAUGUCUUUGUGAGUGUGUCCGGAAUUUGUCUUCCCGUAGCAUGCAGUUGGUUUGCUACUUUGAUAGCUUGAAUCAACCGUCUCGUCGUUAGCUUGUUGCUGGGAACACAAUAGAGUCAUUCGUAACACGUAUGAAUGAACGUAAAUUUAUAACAAAUUAUGGCUUUUUAUGAAAUUUAUUCUCAUCCCGCUUUGAUUCGAUACAAAGCAGGUGUUUGUACGAGCGCGACUGUGUUUGCCGUUGUGGUUGUGUGCCUUACUUACAUCUCACCGCUACUGGUGGCGUACAGGAGCCAAGGUUUCUGGAUGAAAAGGAACACUUAUGAAGAACAAGCAGUAGUUCGGUUUCAGUAUGAAACGUUGCUGGUGGCUGCAACAGAUACAAAUGGUGAUUAUGUGGCGUGGAGCACCUUUCACCAUCUGAACAACAUGCUCGGAAAGAAGCUGAGAAUCCCUGCUGUCUCUGUGAGGGAAGAGGACCAAAACCAGGAUGGAAAGUUGGACCGUCUGAUUUUUCAACUGCAGUUACCCCUGAAGAAUGAAGAAAAUGUGUACAGUGUCCAGCUGCUCCUGACAUUCAGCUACCAGCUCUUUACCAAGUCAACAGUGGUGAUGCAGAGCCUGGCCUACAUGCAGCAUUCCUCUUCUGUUUCUGGAGCAAAGCUGUUCAUUAGUGGAGAUCUGAGGCUGCAGCAGAGAACACCUUUGUCUCACCGUGGCCUGUUCAACAUUUACAACGUUUCUGUGAUUCAAGGCUCCAGCCCCUUUGCAAGUGCCUAUGAUCUCGACAACAUCAUGAGGCGCUACCAGGGCCGUAACUUGACCACGGUACUUUCCUGUCCCACACUGGUGUGGACUACUGGACGGGCUGCUGGUUCUCCUUUCCAUCUUAUUGCAGACAUUCACUACCCUAUGGAGGUCAUUAGCUAUUAUCCUGGCUUCUGGGAAACCAUCAAGUUUGCCUGGAUCCAGUAUGUCAGCAUUCUUCUGAUCUUUCUCUGGGUCUUUGAACGAAUCCAGACAUUUGUUUUUCAGAACCAUGUUUUAACCACUGUACCCAUAAGUAUUGAAAAACCUCACCAGCCUUGAUAAUGUGUGACAGUAAUCAUUUCAUUAAAUUAGUGAAAUUAAUGCAUGUGGGGUAAGUACUGUUCUGGGGCUAAAUAAGGACUAAAAAAAAAAAGUCAAAAAAACUAGUGUGUUUAAUAUUGAUUAAAUAAUAUAUCUGAUAUCUGCAGCAUUUUCCCCCCGUUCCUUUUAAAGAAUAACUAGUUUUGUUUAGAGAAGGCACCACGACAAAUAAAAACUAUAUUCUGCCUCCCGUCAUACAACA